AUGAUACUAAAUGCACCGUUAAAAACUAGAGCUCUAAGGGCAUACAGACAUGGAUUAAGAGCCACUAAAAUUGCCUUCAAUAAUGAUACAAGGAUGUUAGUAGCGUCAAGGGUACAAAUGCGUGAAGCAAUGAGAAAUUCCUCAACAAAAAAUAGUAAUGAGACUGAAAUACAACAUGAGAUUAAACAUCUUGAAGAAGUAGCCAUUUUAUUAAAGAGGAAUGUGGUACAAGGUGUUAAAGAAACAACGGUCGCGGAUUCUAAAUAUCAUUUGAAUAUACAUAAGGAUAUUGAAUUGGGAGAUAAUGACACGUUGAAAAAGGCCUCUAAAAGAAAUUCUUUGACAUCGGGAGUUGUUGAAGGAGGAUGUUGUGGGGGACUGUAA